AUGCCAGCAGACACGGAUCAAGGAGGCUCCUCGCGUAGGAGGUUCAGGCUAAUAGCUCCGGGAGAGCCGCCACCCCCAGCUCCCGCGCCGCCGCCGCGCCGCCUCUUCGUACCCGCGGCGCAAGCAAGCGGCGAAACGAGUCUGCGGGUUCUCAGCGCCGGCCCGGCGGGCCGGGAGCGCUCCCGUAGCCGGCCCCCGCCUGCCGGCGAUGUGCCGGGAGCUCUCCCGCCGCUCCGGCGGCUCGGGCGCGGGGAAAACACCCUUCCCUCCCCCCCCCCGGGCGGCUUGUUCCCACGGCCACCGGCGGCCCCGGAAAAGCGAGAGCGGCCAACGCUUGCCUUCGCCCCGGGAAAGCGCCAACUGCCGGAACCGCUCCAGGGAGAACUGCCCGAGGCUGGGGGGAAGCGCAGGUUGUUUUCCAAAGGUGCUCUUUCUUUUCCCAGGAAUGUUGACCAAAGCAUCUUCAAGGGGUGCAGCGCUCCCACUCGCUAUGACUUAAAACCCGCUAGCGUGUGUCAUUGCACCAGGGUUUAUUUACUGGGACCAGGAUUGCUUUAUCCGUUGGAGUCUAGCAAAAUUGUAAGUGUAGAGGGGGCAGCUGGUGGAAAGGAAAACCCUGCUGUGGCGGGGGGCUUGCGAGCUGGGGGCAGCGAGCUGCGACACCCCCGCGCUAGGGACCGCCGUGGGAAUCUGCUGGAGGAGGCGUCUCGCCGACAGCCCAGGAAGAAUAAAGGAGGAGACCCAGGGAUGCAGAACGAAUUCAGGCUGGAGCUGCGUUUCCUGCUGGCGCUCGCCCCGAGGAUGUGCGAACCCCCCUCGGGCACCUUCUCCUUCUGCAGGGCAGCCUAGAAAUCUUGGCUUUGGUGCUAGAGCAAAGCUUUUGGCUGGAUUUUUAAGGUAUUAAAUUUUCACGUGCUGGCUA